AUGGCGUCAGAGUUUAUUGGCUACAAUGUCUUGGUGACGCUCAGAGCACCACCGAAUGCAAGCGUUCAAGGAGUGGUGGCCAACGUCAUUGGCCAACGUCUAAUGCUAAGGAACGUGACUCUUUCUUGGACCGGCCAACAAUUGCCUACCUAUUCCAUCGAAGCCCCCGACAUUGCAGAUCUCUCUCUGGGGCCUUCGAAGACGCAGAGCACCUAUGCCAACCUACGCGAGACAUCUGUAACUCCAACUCAACAGUCGUUUGUUGAUCCGGCGAUUGUCAGCUAUGGAAAGCCGCCUUCCAAGUCAUUCAGUCCGCCUGUUUUGCAGAGCCAAUCCAUCCCGAAUGUGCUGAGCGCCCAGCAGUUUCAGGCUUCCCAACAAGCUCAUUAUGGAGAUGCGGCGGUUUCGGCUGCCCUAACAGAGCCAUUCAGCAAUCUGGAGCUGAAUGUUGACAACAAUGCUAAGGCUCCUAAGGUCGCGCCGCAGACGGAAGAGCCGCAUGAUGCGCUGGAUGAGAAUGAAGGCUUGGCACCGCUGCAAGCCGCUUCACAAUUUACGACUAAGCGAAGCCGCCGGAGUGGUCGGACAGGGCAUCCUCAAAAUGUCGCAGGCAAUGAGCACGAUGGGGCAAAUAAUACAAAUCCGAAAACCAAGGGCUGGCGCCAGACUGCAUUUGUCCAGCCGGCCGACACAACUGAAUUUAAAACCCCACAAAAAUACAAGGAAAGUUUCCCCGAUUCUACUGGACGACGUCGCAAGAAGAGGGGUCGUGGGUACGCUGAAGAUCCCAAUGGCUGGGCAACUGAGGACGCAACAGAUAUCCAGGAGAUGGGCGACUUCGAUUUCGAAAGCAACCUAUCCAAGUUCGAUAAAAGAAGGGUUUUUGAGGAAAUCAGAAACGACGACACUACCGCGGAUGAGGAUCGAUUGGUCAGCUUCAAUAGGAAACCGAGACCUGGAACAAAUGGUGGGAAGAAUCUCCACUGGACAGAAAAUGUACUGGACAGCCCUCAGGAGAGUGAGAACGGCGAUUCCGAUCAGGGCCGGAGCGAUGCGAAGCUCAGCAGUGGUAAUUAUUCAGGCCGCGAACUAUCCAGGGCAUCGGCACGUGCCCGAGACUCUCGGAAGGGAAGCGCAAUUCUUGGACAACCUUUGGUGCCACCGCAGAUCAAUUCAAUCGGGCGAAGUCAGCUAAGCUCAUCACGUACUACAAGCCCUCGCCCUAAUAAGACACCCGUGUCAGCGUCACCAAUGACCGGUGCCGUUGGAUCGGGAGCUUCUUUGCGCCUUACAACUACCAAUCGCAGCUGCCCCACGGUUAGCCCAUUGCAAACUCUUGAAGUGGAGCAAAUUGCCGUCGCAGAGCUGGGGUUGACGGAAGACAUGAUCACCGAGAACGCUGGGAGAGACAUAGCAGAAGCUGCCGUCGGUCUCUUGUCGAAUGAUGCUGCUGCCCCCACGAUCCUCGUUCUUACCGGCAACCAUCGUACUGGAGCCCGAGCCGUUUCUGCAGCGCGCCAUCUUCGUAAUCGUGGCCAUCGUGUCACCUUAUGUGUUCUGGGUCUAGAACACGAGAAUGAGCUACUUGAAAACUGCCGCAAACAGCUUGAUGUAUUCAAGAAGAUUGGCGGGCGUGUCUUCAGAUGGGAAGACCUUUCCGCACAGCUCUCAAGCUCUGACUUUGCGCCUGAUCUGGUUGUUGAUGCACUCUUUGGUAUCCACAUCUCAUUCGAGGACCUGCGCACUGACGAUCAAGCUAUUGCUUUCGAGAUGAUCGCUUGGGUCAACCGUAGUAACCUCGAUAUUCUAUCCGUCGAUGUUCCAUCUGGCCUGUCUGCUUCCAGCGGCGAAGUGACGAUGGUCGAAGACGGCCGAGUAUGCGUCAAUUCCACAUCCGUAGUCUGUCUCGGAGCCCCUAAGACGGGAGUCGUCAAUGCCCUCCAGGCUGGAGAGGGACUUUCUUGGAAACUUUCCGUCGCAGACAUCGGCAUCCCGCAAAUCGUUUGGCGUAAGUACGGCACCCGUCGUCGGCACGGGAUCGACUUUGGGAAUCGCUGGGUGGUUCCUCUCCGCUUCCAACCUCCUCCUGCUUAA